CCGCUGCAUCUGAUGUAUUAGGCCGUGAGCUCCCUUCGAUCCCUCCACUUGCAGGACCAAGUUCAUGUACCAUCUCAUCCUGAUGAGCGCACCACAGAAACCGAGUCUGUAGACUUCGUCCCCACUCAGACACAGCUUCGCAUCUCGGCUAAGACCAGCUCUAACACGUCGUCAUGAGGACCCCGGGCGCUGCAUCCACCAUGAAGGUCGCAGCUUGCAUUGGCAUGGCCGCCUUGAUGGCGCUGAGCGUCCUGCCUUGCGUGGUGGGAGCGCCGUACGGGUGGAACGAGGCGCACAUCACGUACUAUGGAACAGCUAAUGGCGGGGGCACGCAGGGAGGCGCCUGCGGGUAUCCGAACACCUUUGCGAUGGGAUACGGGGCGAUGACCGCAGCGUUGAGUUAUCCUCUGUUCCAGGGGGGAAAGGCAUGCGGCGGGUGCUAUCAGUUGCGGUGCAAGUGGGUGACGCCAACCCGAACCGUGCACAACUGGUGCUGGAGCUACUCUCGCACCAUCACCGUGACCGCAACAAACUCGUGCCCUCCAGGGUCGCACGGAGGUUGGUGCAACUGGAGACCUCACUUCGACUUGCCAAUGCCUGCUUUCCUGACGCUGGCACGGCGUGAGGGAGGAGUGGCUCCGGUGUAUUACAGGAAGGUCCGGUGUGCGAAGCGCGGCGGAAUUCGGUUCACCAUCGGAGGCAACCCGUACUUCUUGAUGAUCCUGAUUCACAACGUGGGAGGGGCGGGCGAUUUGAAGGCAGUGAAGGUCAGGGGAGGAAACGGAUAUUGGGUGCCCAUGUGGCGCAACUGGGGCGCGCUGUGGACAUGCAAAACGAGGAUGAGCGGAGCACUGUCUUUCCAGAUUACGACGGGCGACGGGCGCACUUUGACGACUUACAAAGCCGUGGGCGGGUACUGGAGGUUCGGACAGACCUGGGAAGGAUCCCAGUUCAGGUAGGUAGAUUGUAGCGGACCUCGAAGCCGAGCGCAGCGUCGGUAGCAACAGUCGCUGUGAUUGGUGGGAACAUGGCGGCGCUCCGCGGUCCGAGAUGGGCGUGCGAAAACUGGCCGGCCAUCCGUCCGUGUGAAGCGGAUCUUGCAGUCCCCAUCGACGAGACGACAACGUGUGGAGAUGUAGAAUUUAAGUGUAUCGUGAGUGUUCAUUCUUGGAAGCUCGAGCAGGUAGAACGUUUGAGGGGAAUCCUUGGAAGUAGGGAGUUCUGCAGAGCGAUUGUAAAAGGAUUAAAUGAUUGGGUACUUGAUCUCGUAUUCAGGGACAUGUAUCUGGAAUAAAACAGUCAAGCACCUUUAUUUGAA